AUGGUCACGUUCGCGAUGAUAUCCAGAGUGCUGGCGACGCCAAGGCAUGUGAUUCCCGUCGCGAAGCUGCAGGCGGGGCAGCCUGUUACGAGUGGAAGUAUGUUCAACUUGGCGCUGAUGGGGAAUCUCAAACGCUCAAUGAAGAUGGCGUGGAGGCCAAGCAUAUCGAAAACCGGCAAUCUCGUGAAGCGGCCCGCCGUUGAGCUGCGACGCGGGUCCCACAUGUUGAAGUACGCUCUCCCGCACCUGCUGCUGAUCCUGAGUCUUGUGCUGGUGUGCCAGCUUCUCCUGUGCGCGAGGUGA